AAAAGGCUGCAAGAAGACGGUGACGAUACUCAUGUGCGACCUUCAAAAUCACAGACUAUUCAAACCCCUACACUAGGGACCUUUCUGGAGUACAGAAAGAGAAAAACAGAGGAGAGGCAAAAGUUUUCUUGUGGGAAAAUGGAGGCAAAGAAAACAAGUAAAGUCCAGAUAAAUGUUGGUUUGAUGACCAUUGGGAAGGGUGGUGGUGUCAAGCCACAGCGUGGGAAAACACAUCCUGACAUCACUGCCCUAGAUCUGCUUAAUCAGGCAGUGAAAAAAAUGAGGGACUUCAACAAAGACCUGGAUGAAGGACCUUUCCUCCUUCUUUAUCCAGAUGGCUCUGAAGUUAUUAAUAUCCCUGGGACACAAAGACCAUUUACUCUAAAAACAUACAAGGCAGAAAUUGGCAGGCCAUAUCAGCGGAUCACUGUUUUUAUCUGCUCAAAAAAAGACUUUGAGGAAGUUGGAGAAUUGCCAGACACAUCUGACUCUGACUCUGAGAUUGUGAUAAAAACAACAUCAGGAGACUUUGAUCUAGCUGAUACACUGCCAUUUGAACCUCAUCACAAAAGCAGUCCUGUACACAAAGAGAAGGUGAUGAAUGUGCAGGCACCUGAAAUAAUUGCAAAUUUGGCACUUGCAAUUGACCGCAAGAAAGUCAGCAGGUUCAAUAUAUCGAGAUCUGACGUAUGGGAUGGAGCCGUCAGAGGAUUUCGACGCAGCUCAUACUCCGAAAACAGCGACAUCUUCGUUAAGUUUACCGACGAUGCAGGGUCCUUUGAAGAAGGGUUGGACACAGGUGGGCCGAGGCGAGAAUUCCUCACACUUCUAAUGAAUCACCUGAGAAAUCGCCCCAUCUUCGAUGGACCUCCAGAAAGACGAUAUCUUGUGUACAAUUCCACAGCUGUCAGGGAAGAUGAGUACUUUCUUGCAGGCAAGAUGAUUGCUGUGUCUAUCAUACACGGGGGACCAGCACCACAUUUCCUCUCAAAGGACCUUGUCAACCACAUAAUAGGGAAGCCAAGUUUCAGCGCCACUGUAGAAGAUGUAACAGAUGAGGAGAUAGGGAAAGCUCUACGUCAGGUCCAGGAAGCAGAAUCGGAGGAGUCUUUGCAAAAUCUAAUUUUGCAAAACAGCACAAUGUUCCAAACAGCUGGAUGCUUCCGACGUGUCAAAGCUUGUGAGAAGCAUACACUCGUGGAGGAGUACCUCAGAUGGUACAUUAUAGACCGCAACCACAUUGCCAUUCAACGAUUCAAAGAUGGACUGGCAAGUCUGCAGUUUUUGACUGCACUGCAGCAGCAUUCUGGUGUGCUGGCUCCUGUCCUAUACCAUUCUUCCAAGGCCCUGACUGCUGCAGAAAUGGAAAGCAUGUUCAGUCCAGACCUCAGCCCAAGAGGAAGCAACAGGCGGCAGAAGGAGGUCAAAAUAACUGGAUUUUGGGCUGAUUUUCUUCUCGAUUGUGAAGGGACGGACCAGUCCAAUCAGCGACGAUUCAUGUCGCCCGAGGGUACCUACCUUUUCCGACAGUCCCAGGUCAGCAUCUUGAAGCAGUUCCUGGAUGGAGUGGGACAUUUUCCCGGAAACACCUUCUCCGGUGUAAAACUCAACAGGAAACAAGUGGAUGAUGAUGACUUCCACAAAGUGAAAGAUAAACUGAUCAAUGGCUUCUGUGACAACCUCACCACGUGGUUUGGCAACCUUGAUGAGGGUGUCUUGAAGGCCGCUGCCACCAUGUUUGAAAACUGA